UCAACAGCUAAUCGACAGUAUUGUCUCCUGCAUCAAUCAAUCAUAGUAGCUUCCAUUCUUCGGAGUAGGCAUACGAACUGACCAUUCAAUAAACACGUCCGAAUGGGUUUGCGCUUCUCAGCGGGAAUUCCACGUCGCUCAUUCAUGGACACACUUUCAAUGGCCGACAGACAGCGAACAUGUCAAGCAUCACGGAAGAUUGAAUAUAUCGCUAUCGGCCCUCGAUCGCGAAUUGAAGGUCUAGCGCAUAUGCCACGAUGCUGAUGCAGAGGUCAAUGGUAAGGGAAACGCUCGAGGUCUUCGAGUAAGUAUAAGUAUUCUUCUUUCCACAUACUCUAUGCUUCCUUUCAGACCCCUCAACAACUUCAUCGAGGACGCAGGAAAUUACAAUCCAGAAGCUAUAUACUAUUUCCAAAUUUCGACCAUGCAAGUUGGACCACGACUCUUCGCCCUUCGGCCCUGCGACCGCGAAGUCAUCGACCUCUUACGCGACCCGACCGUCCAGGUGUGCAGCCUGCCUACCGGAAGGACCCUUUACUUUGCCAUCCCGUUCCCUGAGGAAGCGCUCACAUGGCUCGAUCAUGCGGAGUUACUGGAGCUAGGGCGCCAUCUAGAUGACAACAUCAACCUCCUCGUUCAAAUCGCUGGUCCCGCUGCUUUUGAGCACUGCCUAUCAGUCAUGUAUCUCAUUGCAGACCGCAUUGAGCACGUUUGGGAUUAUCCGGCCGUCUUGCCAACUUCUGUAGCAACAGACGUCGGAGAGUUUCUUCACUUUCUGAAAUCCCUCACACCCGAAGAACAUGAACUGCUCCAUACCGGCCAUGCUAUCAUCACGCUGGGUGGUCCCGAUAACGGCUAUCGCCUGGAACCCCCGACAGAGCGGGAACAUGAACAUGUGCGCAUCGCUAUGCGGAACUAUAACGCUGAGCGUGUUCCGCUCUGCGAUACGUGCUUCGGCAAGUUGCAGCACGGUUCAAGGAGGCCUAAUCGCGAGGGACUCAAGAAGGAUUGCUCGAAGUCGACGUUGGUUUCAACUGAUGGACGGGGCCAGCUGAUCCAACUUGAUCAAUUCAAGGCCUUCCUACAAGCCUUGGCCAACUUUGAAGCAGAUUAUAAUCAGAGAGGCUAUAUACCACAGGUACCAGAGCAUUUUCUAGGCUAUAGGCUGGGUGCCCUGCUAUUCCCAGAGAUCCAGGUGCGGCCACAAGAAUGGCGCAUGUUCCACGAAACGGGUGAACUCCCUCGAGACGUUGAAGCCUGGGCAAGAACCCUCACGGAGAAUCAGCUUAAACAACUUCACAACGACCUCGUCUAUUAUGGAAGGCUGGAGGUACGCGACUUCAUGCAUGCAAUGCAGUGUGCACCGAUCCCGGAAGGAAUCGAGCAGGGCUUGAGCGAAAUUUCCGCGGAUCAACGCAGGGAAGCUUCCUUGAACGCCUUUUUCCAGACUCUAACGGAUUUUGAGCUUGAUCUCGUUCAGAAAGGCAUGAAGGAUGUUGUUCCGGAUGAUUCGGAGCUGGGCUGGCGCCUUGCCGAACGCUCUAAGACUGGAGACGGUAGUCGUGGCCAAGAAAUCCACCGGAUAGGAGCUGACUCCACAACGACCGAUCAACAAAAAGUACCGGAAGAGCAUUCUGGGAAGAAGGCCGUUUCACAGUCAAUACCCGAACGGACAGAGCAGGCAGCACACAGAAGUUCUGCUCGGGGCGUUUCAAUGAAUGAUUACUUGCAGACCUUAACGGAUUUUGAACUUGAUUGCUUUAUGCAAGGCCUCCUGGGGAUUGCCGCAGACGAGUCGGAACUGGGUUGGCGCCUUGUUGGACCGAAACAGAAGGGUUCGUUUAUGCAGGGACCACAAUCAGCUGUGUCUAGCGGUAGGCCAGAGAAGAAACCGACUACUAAAGCCUCCUGGUCCAACGUCGAAGCUCUCUACAAGGAAUUGGAGUCCCUCAGCCUUGACGAGAAGCUCAUGAAUCGGGAGUAUUGCGAGCUUGCCGCUCAGCCUGCUGUUCCUCGGCGAAUGGAAGCUGCAUCGGGCGAGAAUUCUCCUUCGCAGCCGUCCAGGAACAAUCAUUCGCAGCAAUCUCGCCAAUCCAUUCAGGAUAGCCGUCGCACAGCACGUUCUGAUAUUGAGCGUCUCUCGUCCACAGAAGCUCGGCGCUCGCACUCCAGGCAUAAUGACUGGGUUUAUGUUGGUGAGGAUCAGCCUUCGUCUUCGCCGUCUUCCCCAUCUCGAGAUCGUCAGGGCUAGAUCUGAAAGCCUUGAACUUGUAGUCGGCUGUGGUGAUUGCAUACUGGGGUUUCACAUUAGGGCGAGUGCACAUUUCAUGCCAUUCUCUAGGUAGGCUGGGCUUCUCCAUAGAAUUAGUCCAUAUCUACUCACUGGCGUACUAUGCACUGUUUCA